AUCAACUCAUUUCCAUUCUACACCUAAUCAUCCCAUUGCCAUUACCUCACUCGAAAGCGAUUCAUUUGUGCACUUUUUUCGGCAGUCGGCUCAGUACCUAAUCAAUCAAUGUGAAAUAACAUUAGAAAAUGGUUUCCGCUCGUUCGAUAUUAAAUUUUUUUGUUGUAGUAGGAAUAUUAACAAUAUUUUCGGUUGUAUCAUCAGCUACUAUUGAAGAAUUGUCAAUUCUAGACGAGGGAUAUCUUAUCGAGCGAACUUCCGAACCACUAUCUUACACGUUAUUCCUUGAUAUAAGUGAUGAAAAUUUUAAUUCCUACAACGGAUCAGUUGACAUCCAAAUGCGUUAUCUGACCUCGAAGAACUAUUUUUACCUAAACAGUGCAGAAGUUAACAUUGAUAUAAGUAGCAUUAAAGUGACUAAACUAAAUGGAGCAGCCGUUGAGUUGUCUAAUUUUAAUGAAUUGAAAAAGUAUGAACAACUAUAUUUCGAGUUUACUGAUAACCUUGAGCUGAACACUGUUUACAAUGUGCACAUAGAUUUCUCCAACCGUAUCGGUACUGAUCUUAAAGGAUUAUACAAGAGUAGUUACAUAGUGGACAAUUCAAGAAGACACAUCGCCACAACGCACUUUCAAUCGACAUAUGCGCGCACUGUAUUUCCAUGUUAUGACGAACCGGCCUAUAAAGCAUAUUUCAACGUAUCAAUUCGCCAUGAUUCAAAGUUUCAUGCUAUCUCUAACAUGCCGGUACAAAAAACAACCCAAACAAGUGAUAAGUUAACAACAACAACGACGUUCCAACAGACUCCAUUGAUGUCUUCCUAUUUGUUGGCGUUUAUCGUGUCAGACUAUUCUACGUUAUCCAAUCAACAAGAUCUCAUUAGAGUUUAUGCUCCAAGUAAUCAAGUUCAGCAUACAACAUACGCAUUAAACUUUGCAGAAAAAUCUCUCGCAUCGUUGGAACAACUGUUCGGUCAUGAUUUUCAACUACCGAAGGUAGACUUGGUUGCCAUACCCGAUUUCAACAUGGGUGCCGCAGAAAAUUGGGGCCUUAUAACUUUCCGUGCAGUUUAUUUAAUUUAUGAUGAACAUUCUACCACGGCACGUACGAAGCAAAGCAUUGCCAAUCUUAUAACUCAUGAGUUUGUACAUUCUUGGUUUGGUAAUGAAGUUACCCCUGAAUGGUGGACUUAUCUGUGGUUGAGCGAGGGAGUGGCAAGGUUUUUUGAAUAUUACGUGACCGCGCAAAUCGAGGACACUUGGAUGUUGUGGCAACAAUUUGUUGUUAAUAAUGUUCACGCCGCGUUAUCUCAGGACGACAAGAAUAAUAAUAGGCCUAUGAGUUAUAACGCAACUGAACCCGAUGUGUUAAACAACUUAUUCGAUUAUGUAGUAUAUGCCAAAAGCGCUUCAGUUAUCAGAAUGAUUCAGAACGUCAUAGGUUUUGACGAGUUUGUGGAAGCGCUUAACGAUUACAUCACCAACCGUAGCUACCAAACCACGAAACCAGAGUACCUUUAUAACAGCAUUGAAAAAUUUAGCAAUGUAGAACUACCAGGUAGUAUAUCCGACAUAUUUAAUAAUUGGGCCAAUAACCCCGGAUACCCCGUUGUGACAGUUACAAAAGAUAAAAAUCUAGUGACAUUUUCACAGAAACGAUUUUGGAUGCCAAUUGAAAAUGAAAAAGCACCGUCAGAUAUAAACUACUAUAUUCCAAUCAACUACGCCACCACUGAGGACGCUGAUUAUAAUGAUACCACGCCUAUGCAUUGGUUAACACCAAGUAACCCGAUUCUGCAAAAUGAACUACCUGACUCCGUCAACUGGAUUUUGAUCAACAAACUGCAGACUGGUUACUAUCGGGUAAACUAUGAUCAAGAUAAUUGGGUAGCCCUUACCAAUAUUCUAAGGUCAAAUCAAAUGGAAGACAUACCGGUCAUCAAUCGAGCUCAGCUAAUAGACGACGUUGGUAACCUCGCUAAAGCGGGAGAAGUUAGCUAUGAAAUUGCACUUACACUUCUACAGUACCUGGAACAAGAAACAGAAUAUAUCACAUGGAGCACCGCGUAUAAUGUACUGAUCCACCUUAAUAGAAUGUUUUCCGGUAGCGAUCACUAUUCUCGUUUCGAAGAUUUCGUAAGGACUGUUACUGUCAACAUUUACAAAAAUGUCGGUAUGACCGGUCGUAUGGAUCAGAUUAGUAGACUACAUCGUGGUAAUACAGUUUAUUUAGCUUGCUAUUUCGGAGUCAAAGAAUGUGUUGAUGAGGCUGAAAAACAAGUGCAACAGAUGUUAGAUGAUGAAUCGUAUACAGUUCCAGAAGAAGUCCAGUCAUCCGCCUUUUGUGCGAUGAGUAAAUAUAAUGAGGCACUGCAAACAAAAGCUAUGCUUGUAUUAUUUGAACGUUAUCUUCCGCUCAGAGCAAGCGAAAGUGCACUGAUAGGACGCUUCAUCACCGGAUUGGGAUGUAAUAGAAAUGUUACGAACAUCGGAACAUAUCUAAGCUUAACCAUCAGCAACAUACCCGGUUUUCAGCUAACAGGCUCCGAAAGAAUUCAAAUUCUUAACUCAGUAAUAACAGGAAGCUACGAAGGACUACUCGAAAGCCUGAAAUUCGUUCUGAAAUAUUACACAGAGGUUGCUAGCCUGUUCUCACCUCUCGAUCCUGUAUUCACAGAAUUUGGAAAUCGGAUUAACAAUAACGUCACGUAUGGAUUGUUACAAGACAUUAUUAAAACAUAUGAAAAUAAUUUCCCCGAUUCUAUAAAAAGCUCAGCUUCGAGUGCACUCAUCCAAGCCACUCAGAACAUAGGAUGGACUGCUAAGUAUAAUGUGUUUAUAAGCGAAUGGUUAAUCAAAAAUGAGUAUGUUGUUAGUACAACACCCGAUGCAUCUGAUCCUGGCAGUGCUUCUUUGAUUGUAGUCAACAUAUUUAUUAUUAUUUCAAUUAUGCUUAUUGUCAAUGUGUUUAUCUAA